AUGUCAUUUCCUCCUCAUCUCUGCUCCUCCUCCCCUGGGUGUCAUUUCCUCUUCACUCUCCCCUCUGCUCCACCUCCCCUGGCUGUCAUUCCCCCCUCCCCUCUUCUCCUCCUCCCCUGGAUGUCAUUUCCUCCUCCCCUCUGCUCCUCCUCCCCUGGGUGUCAUUUCCUCUUCACUCUCCCCUCUGCUCCUUCUCCCCUGGCUGUCAUUUCACCCCCUCCCCUCUGCUCCUCCUCCCCUGGAUAUCAUUUCCUCCUCCCCCCUAGGUGUCAUUUCCUCCUCCUCUCUGCUCCUCCUCCCCUGGCUGUCAUUUCCUCCUCCCCUCUGUUCCUCCUCUCCUGGCUGUCAUUUCCUCCUCCCCUCUGCUCCUCCUCUCUUAGCUGUCAUUUCCUCCUCACCUCUGCUCCUCCUCCACUGGAUGUCAUUUCCUCUUUACUCUCCCCUCUGCUCCUCCUCUCCUGGCUGUUAUUUCCUCCUCCCCAUCCCCUCUGCUCCUCCUCCCCUGGAUGUCAUUUCCUCCUCCCCUCUGCUCCUCCUCCCCUGGCUGUCAUUUCCUCCUCAACCUCCAAUCUGCCCCUCCUCUCCUGGCUGUCGUUUCCUCCUCCCCUCUGCUCCUCCUCUUUUAGCUGUCAUUUCCUCCUCCCCUCUGCUCCUCCUCCCCUGGAUGUCAUUUCCUCCUCCCCUCUGUCCCUCCUCUCCUGGCUGUCAUUUCCUCCUCCCCUCUGCUCCUCCUCUCUUAGCUCUCAUUUCCUCUUCACCUCUGCUCCUCCUCCACUGGAUGUCAUUUCCUCUUCACUCUCCCCUCUGCUCCUCCUCCCCUGGCUGUCAUUUCCUCCUCCCCCUCCCCUCGGCUCCUCCUCCCCUGGAUGUCAUUUCCUCCUCCCCUCUGCUCCUCCUCCCCUGGCUGUCAUUUCCUCCUCAACCUCCAAUCUGCUCCUCCCCCUAGGUGUCAUUUCCUCCUCCCCUCUGCUCCUCCUCCCCUGGCUGUCAUUUCCUCUUCCCCUCUGCCCUCCUCUCCUGGCUGUCAUUUCCUCCUCCCCUCUGCUCCUCCUCUCUUAG